GAAUUCUCGCAGACCAGUUCUCGCGGGAGGACACUGCGCCCAAAAAAAAAAAUUAUGGAUGGCGGUGUAAACGGUAGUGGGCUACCGGUAAACAAUAAACAGAGAGCUAUGUUACCUAACAAGAGUAGGGGUGAUUUUACUCGCAAUUCAAGAAAAGAUUCUGAGGGGUUGUCUGAGUCUCCAGACCUUGAGUUUGAAUAUGCUGAUACAGACAAGUGGGCUGCAGAACUGUCAGAGUUGUACAGUUACACGGAAGGACCUGAGUUUGCUCUUAACAGGAAGUGUUUUGAAGAGGAAUUCAGAACACAUGUGUCUGAAAAGAAGUGGACAGAGCUUGAUGGAGCUGAGCACAGAGCUCACGCCAUGCGCCUGUUGGACGGUCUGGAGGUGACUGCGCGGGAGAAGAGGCUGAAGGUCGCUAGAGCCAUUCUUUACAUGGCUCAGGGAACCUUUGCGGAGUGCGACUCUGAAGCUGAGGUGCAGCACUGGAUGAGAUACAACAUCUUCCUGCUGUUAGAUGUGGGGACCUUCUCUGCUCUGGUGGACCUGCUCAACAUGGAGAUUGAUAACACCGCUGCCUGUAGUAGUGCUGUGAGAAAACCAGCCAUUUCUCUCGCAGAUAGCACAGACCUCAGAGUGCUGCUUAACAUAAUGUACCUGAUGGUGGAAACAAUCCAGCAGGAUGACCCAGCUGACAGGCCUGAAUGGAAAAUCAUAAGGGAAACCUUCAGAACAGAGCUGGGAUCUCCUCUGUUCAACAACGAACCAGUUUCUGUCAUGCUUUUUGGAAUGGUUACCAAGUUCUGCAGUGGUCAUGCCCCCCACUUCCCAAUGAAGAAGGUGUUAUUACUGUUGUGGAAGAGCAUACUGUUCACACUAGGAGGGUUUGAGCAGCUGCAAACCAUAAAGGUUCAUAAGCGUGAGGAAUUGGGCCUCCCCCCUCUACCGGAGGACAGCAUACGAGUCAUUCGCAGUAUGAGGGCUGCUUCUCCACCCGCAUCUGCUUCUGAUCUCAUAGAGCAGCAACAAAAACGGGCACGGCGUGAGCACAAGGCACUUAUCAAACAGGACAACCUCGACCAAUUCAAUGAAAAGGACCCGUACAAAGCCGAUGACUCUCGUGAGGAUGAGGAUGACAAUGAUGACAGUGAUAACUCUAUUGAGCCAGAGACUUUCCCUCUAGAAAGGGAUGAGGUGAUGCCUCCCCCUAUUCCUCACCCUCCAUCAGAGAGGGUGUCCUUCCCCAAAGGGCUUCCAUGGGCUCCUAAAGUCAGGGAAAAGGACAUUGAAAAUUUCCUGGAAUCAAGUAGAAGUAAAUUCAUUGGUUACACGCUUGGGAGUGACACAGACACGGUUGUUGGCUUGCCCAGGCCAAUUCAUGAGAGCAUCAAGACAUUAAAGCAGCACAAGUACAUCUCCAUAGCUGAGAUGCAGAUUGCAAAGGAGGAGGAUUUUCAGAAAACCCCUCUCUCUGGUGGCGAAGAGGAGGUGGAGAUGUGCGCCACUGAGCUGCUCUAUCAGGGAAUUCUGCCCAGUUUGCCUCAGUACAUGAUUGCACUGCUGAAGAUCCUGCUUGCAGCGGCUCCAACCUCCAAAGCCAAAACAGACUCCAUCAACAUUCUGGCAGACGUGCUGCCGGAGGAGAUGCCGACCACAGUGUUGCAAAGCAUGAAACUCGGAGUAGAUGUCAACCGACACAAAGAGAUCAUCGUCAAGGCCAUCUCAGCCAUCCUGCUGCUGCUGCUGAAGCAUUUCAAACUCAACCACAUCUAUCAGUUUGAGUACAUGGCUCAACACCUGGUGUUUGCCAACUGCAUCCCCCUCAUUCUGAAGUUCUUCAACCAGAACAUCAUGUCUUACAUCACAGCUAAGAAUAGCAUUUCAGUACUUGACUUUCCGUACUGUGUGGUACAUGAGCUCCCGGAGCUAACUGCAGAGAGUUUGGAAGCAGGAGACAACAAUCAGUUUUGCUGGAGGAAUCUGUUUUCCUGUAUCAACCUGUUGAGGAUCCUCAACAAACUGACCAAGUGGAAGCACUCUAGAACAAUGAUGUUGGUGGUGUUUAAGUCAGCUCCCAUCCUGAAGAGAGCGCUGAAGGUCAAGCAGGCCAUGAUGCAGCUCUACGUCCUCAAGCUGCUUAAAGUGCAGACCAAAUACCUGGGACGUCAGUGGAGGAAGAGCAACAUGAAGACCAUGUCUGCCAUCUACCAGAAGGUCCGACAUCGCCUCAAUGACGACUGGGCCUAUGGAAACGAUCUGGAUGCUCGUCCCUGGGACUUCCAGGCGGAGGAGUGCGCUCUGCGGGCCAACAUCGAACGCUUCAACAGUCGCCGCUACGACAAGAGUCACAGCAACCCGGACUUCCUGCCUGUGGACAACUGUCUACAGAGUGUUCUGGGACAGCGGGUGGACCUGCCUGAGGACUUCCAGAUGAACUAUGACCUUUGGCUCGAACGGGAGGUCUUCUCCAAACCCAUUUCCUGGGAAGAAUUGCUACAGUGAGAAUUAACAACUGUCAAUAUCCGGAAAAUGACAAAA